UACCAGCAACAUAAAGUGAAACAGAGGCAGAGGUGUCCUGCCACAGUCAGUAACAAAUAAACAGAAUACAGUAGUGGUGGUAAAUAGACACAAAGCUUCAUCAAACAUCUGAUCCACUGAACAAAGAGCUCCAAAAAUCUUGAUCCUACACGUGGCGGCCUUAAUUCUUUCGUGGCGGGCCGCCACAUAUAAAUGAAUGUGUGGGAAACACUGGCGUGUCCGAAGGCUGGAUGUAAGAAUACAAAUGAAUGCAAACGUGAGAAUAAGGCCCUGACAACCGACCUAUGCCAUCCCUACCUGCAGGUGAGCCGCCCACAUCCCAGCGACAACCCGCACCUCUUCCUCUUCCUGGUUGGCGGGGUCACGCCCUCAGAGCUCCGCCUCAUCAAGGAGACCGUGGCUACCUUAAAACCAGGAACUCAGGUGCUGGUUCUGUCCAAUAGGCUGCUCAGGCCCACCGACGUGCCCGACCUGCUCUUCGCCUCGCAGAGACUGGCGCCUGACAUCGGCGUCUGAGGAGGCGCACGUGUGCCCCUCUCAGGUCACGAGGACCGCCGUGUAACCGUGACAGUUGUGAGUCGGCUGCGACGUCCUCUUAUAGAAGGCACGGUGGUUUAUUUUUGGACUGUAUAUUAACACUCAAAUAUUCAAUGUUUCUUUUGGAUGCAUUAGGUGUCAAUAAAAGCUUUUCAGGCACA